AUGGCGGACAAUAUCAGUGUCGUGGAUGCUCUUUCUGGCGACAUCAAAAGGCCACUAGAUCUCGAGAAAUGCAGCAGAGGAUGGGAAACACAAAGAGAACAUUGUUACUGGGUUCCUACGGCAGAUAUUAUUGGCGAAGUACCGAAAGAUCUUCGUGGAACUUUGUUUCGAAAUGGCCCUGGGGUACAUGAAGUGUACGGUAGCCGUUUGAAACAUCGUGAGUACAAAACUUUCAUAUUUUGACGUUAAAAACUUCCUUUGUUGUCUUGAAAAGGAAACUGAAAUAGGCGUGCUGCUCAUAAUUGAUUCUCUUUACUUGAAAGUCGUUGAGUAAGCAAAGCUAGAGGUUCAAAGGUUCAAAAUGAAAUCUACACAGGUUAAAGGGCUAUGUCGCGCCAGUCGCUUCCUCUAUUGAAAAGCUUAAAUCUAUCUUCUCAUCAAUUGAAGUUUAAAACUUAUGGCUCAGUUUUGUUAUUUAAGACAAUGUAAAGGGGCGAAACGUUUCUGUCGUCUGUUGCUGUACGGUUGGCAAGGAUGGACGUGGUCACAUGGAUUGAAACUUGAAAAAGUUGGGCUAAUCAUUCAACCUUUUUAUGUCUAGUGGUAUAGAAUGGUCAAGAAUUUGUGGGACUGCGAGACUCCAGUUUUAUAAUUCGAGACUGAGAAUCAUAAACACUUCAUAGAUUUCAAGAUCAGCCAGUUACAGUGUUCCCUGAUGAAAUUUUGGUUUCAAGGUCCUUUUCGAGGUUCUUUUAUUACAGAAUAUUGUUCUAUUUACUACCGGUCUGCAGGUUACGUCAUGGCAGCCAUGUUGGUGGUCAAAAACAAAAAUAUUUCUUUCCUCUGGGAACUAAACUCAAUUUUCAUGUGCACUCUUUGGAAAAAAAUGCCGCAUUGACCACCAAUAUGGCCGCCAUGUCGCGUGGCAUGCAAAUCAAGAAUAAACCAAAUCUUACUGAUGCUGCUUAGCAGUCAUCCUUACCACCCCCUGCCACUCCUCCGACACACCUCUCGGGCGAGCGCAAACAAUACGAUCAAAAUGGCGGACAAUAUCAGUGUCGUGGAUGCUCUUUCUAGUGACAUCAAAAGGCCAUUAGAUCUCGAGAAAUGCAGCAGAGGAUGGGAAACACAAAGAGAACAUUGUUACUGGGUUCCUACGGCAGAUAUUAUCAGCGAAGUACCGAAAGAUCUUCGUGGAACUUUGUUUCGAAAUGGCCCUGGGGUACAUGAAGUGUACGGUAGCCGUUUGAAACAUCGUGAGUACAAAACUUUCAUAUUUUGACGGUAAAAACUUGCUUUGCUGUCUUGAAAAGGAAACUGAAAUAGGCGUGCUGUUUAUAAUUGAUUCUCUUUACUUGAAAGUCGUUGAGUAAGCAAAGCUAGAUAGAGGUUCAAAGGUCAAAAUGAAAUAUACGCAGGCUAAAGGGCUAUGUCGCGCCAGUUGCUUCCUCUAUUGAAAAGCUUAAAUCUGUCUUCUCAUCAAUUGAUGUUUAAAACUAAUGGCGCAGUUUUGUUAUUUAAGACAAUGUAAAGGUGCGAAACAUUUCUGUCGUCUGUUGCUGUAUGGUUGGCAAGGAUGGACGUGGUCACGUGGAUUGAAACUUGAAAAAGUUGGGCUAAUCAUUCAACCUUUUUAUGUCUAGUGGUAUAGAAUGGUCAAGAAUUUGUGGGAAUGCGAGACUCCAGUUUUAUAAUUCGAGACUUAGACUGACAUGCAAAAUCACCUAAAAACGAGACUUUGAGAAUCAUAAACACUUCAUAGAUUUAGAGAUUGGGCCAGUUACAGUGUUCCCUGAUGAGAUUUUGGUUUAAGGUCUUCUUCAUAACUCUACAGGAGUUUGUCUAUGAUAAAGGAACUAACAUAAGUAAUAAUUUCAGUAUGGAAUUGGCAUAAAACAGCAAUAUCCUCGGAAAUAGUCCCUUUACCUCGAAACGCAGUCCUCAAAUUUCAAUGUUCUCCCUAAAUUUUUGCUCAGCAGGUACAGUAAGGACCAUUCAUGGCCAGUGAGGCAAAAAAUAUUCACCAGAGACACACUUUCCUUGACGUGAGGGACAUGGCCUUGCCCUUGCUGGGAAAUUAAUUAGUAGCCAAUUAGUUCUCUGAAACAUCAUACACUUAUUUUAAGACCUAUUUUACUCAAAUCGUCCGUAGUUAUUUUAAGAUAAUAAUUUAAAACAUUUGAUUCCAAUAAUCUUACUCUGUCUUCAAUGUUCUCUUUCCAAAACGUGUGGCCCAUUAAAAGAAAAGCUGUGAAUACUUUUAUAGUACUUUUCCAUAUGAUUUAUAUUUAUUCAUUUUCCUUGUGGGAAUCGGAUUGGAUCACAACUUCCUUAUUUUAAAAUCUACUUUUUUCUAUUUUAGUAAACCUUCAAGUGGCUGCAGGCGAUAAGAAGUGUUGCUUUGGUGGUAAAUUUUACCGGUUACCGCCUGAUAAGGAGAUACUGAAUUUCAGUUGGAAUUUCUGAAAAAUGACUUAACCAUUUAACCUUUCAUCCAUAAUUUUUGGGAUUGUAACCUUAAUCUACGCAAAAUUUGUUUCUCAUUAUUUUCUAUUAAAGCAAUUGAUGGAGAUGGGAUGCUAUGUGCUGUGACAUUUGAAGAUGGCAGAGUGCACUUUAAGUCCAAGUUUGUGAACAGUGAACAUAGACAAGAAGAAGCUGCCAAGCAGAAGUUCCUUUAUCAUGGACAAAUGGGAACAAAACCUUCAUCAACAUCAACGUUUAGAUACCUCAUGAACACAUUGAAGAAUACACCAAUGAAAUUCCGCAAUCCCUCAAACACCAAUUCCUUUUACUGGGGUGGCAAGGUAUGACACUUAAUGGUAGUAGUAAUUGACUAUUCUGCGAGUGUAAAACAGUUUUUUUUUACUUCCUUACCUCGUUAUAGGCGUUGACAUGGGCCAAGUUUAUCCUAGAAGAGUUUUUUGUGGAUUCAUAAAAAUUAAUAAUGUUUCGUCUGGACUUUUUACAUUUAGAGUAUUUAAUUUUGAGAUAUGAAAAUGUUCACCCAGAUGUCAAGUAUUCAUAUAUUCUUGAUAGGUACUCCUUAAACACAUAAUUUUUGAUGAUAAUUUGGGGAGAGAAAACAAAAAAUCACUACCAUGAUGGUGGUUUGGAUAUUGUGCUUUUCAAACAUUUUACCAAUGGUUUAAAAAAAUUGAUCAAAAUCUACCAAGGACAACCUACAGAUGUGACCUUUUGAACCAGCUGAAGAGAAACUUUGUUUCUCGAGAGGCUCACUAGGGUGACUGAUGGUUUGUUGAAUUUUUGACUUGAGAGUUUGCACACUUUUAUCUAGGGGUAAAGGGGACCAGGAGAGAAGCUCUCCUGGCCAUGGGGGAGACAAGAUUGAGGGGUACCAGUUGGUAGCCACCCUGGACAGUAGGAGUCCCAAACAGUCUCCAGGGGGGUGUGGCUCAUAUCCCCUAGUCAACCAGGAGGGGGGCCCUCCUGGGUGGAAUACAGAUCAGGUGGGAGAAUUACCAUAAAAUUUUGUGAACUUUAAUGCUGAAUAUCUUCAAGAAUUGUUGUUCCUUUGAGAAGCUAUAGCAAACUCCCCACUCAGAGUUUCACCUGAUAUCCUUGAAGUUGGUCUUUAAAAAGUUGGUUGAGCAUCAAUUUUUCAUUCAACCAGCUUCUCAGUGUCUGGAUAUUGGAUGUUUUGUGUUUGAUGUAUUACUUAACUUAUAUUAGUGUUAUUACCUUUUGAAGAAAAGCAGAUGCCGGUCCAGUUUAGUUCGGAUUGGAUGGUCUGGAGCAAAGGGUUGUUUAUGUUAACCCAACCCUGACCCACCACUCUCCUCCACGAGUUUGUUUUUUUUACUUAACAAGAUCGUAACAUGCAUUGUUAAGAUCCUGACAUCCAGCAAUAUUUUCCUUUACUAGGUCUUGACUUGUUAUGAGACAGGGGUACCAUACUGUCUGGACCCAUUCACUCUAGAGACACUUGGACCAGAGAAUUUGAAUAGUAACUUAAAAUUUGGAUGUUUGGCUGCACAUUUCAGAAUUGAUUCUGAGAAAAAGGUGAGUAACCGUUAGUUAUUUUUGAGCUCGAACUUUUGGUAAGGUGUAGAUGGGUGUUAACUUGUUCAUAGUGCCUCUGUGGUGACUGGUUUUUGUUUCAGUGGUGUGUCAGGGUUUAGACAUGUGGAAGAGUUUUUUUCAGGAAGCUCAGAGUUUCUUAAGCUAGGGGCCUGGGCAUAGUGGGGGUGGAUCAGGAUGCAAAGAAAAUCAUUUUUACAGCUUGCCAUUCGGGCAAGCUGAAGCUAACAUUUACUAGCCCAAACAAUGUCAUGAUUUCAACUAGCCCCCAAAACGUUUUGAUGAGCAGAGUGAUUUCACAGUUCUUCUGUAAUUUGAAUUCCUCAAAAAACUUCAUAACAGAAUUCACUAGCCCGAUAGCAAAACCCACCAGCCCCGGGCUAUCAGACACUACUUUCUUUGCACGCUGGGGUGGAUACUGUCAUAAAUGGGCUGUUUAUACAGAAUGAAUAAGAAUGAGAUUGGACAAUGGCCAGAUCCCAAAGGAUCUCCUUUAAAGAGAAUUAGUGCAAAGGAAAGUACCCCAGUGGCAGGCCCCAAUAAUAUUACACUAUAAAGAUGUCUGCAAGAGGGACAUGAAGGCCUGGGCAUAUUGACAGCAAUGAAUGGGAAACAUUGGCUUCAGAACAUUCAGCUUGGAGGCAGGCAGUGCAGCUUUAGGCCUUUCCAAGUUUCAAAAGAUACUUUGCCGAGGCUGAGACAAAAAGACAAAUGAGGGUGAAGGCCCAAAAUCAGGGAAACAGACUAGCAACUGACCACAUCUGCUCACUGUGUGGAAGGAACUGUCAUUCCCAAAUUGGUCUUUCCAGCCACACAAAGCUCUGUCUGAGAACCACCAAUCAGAGCAUGACACCAUAGUCUUUUUUUUUGAAGGAUUCCAGAUAUACAUGUACGGGAUAGGGUAUAAAAUUUAGACAGGUUUGGUCUAAAACUGCUCGGGUAUCAGUUGUCAAAAAUAAUUUAUAAGUGGCAUGAUCAGGAAUUGAUUUUCGGGUUCACUAUAUUGUUAAUCUGGGAUAAGGUAGGAAUUUUGGUGUCUUUUAAUCUGGUAGUUUUUUGGUGUUGUGGAUAAGUGCAGUCACCAAAUGACAGAGUACAAAAAAUUAAAAAGACACUGACAAUACUAACCUGCAGAGCAAGAUGGUUUUGGUUGCUGGGUGCAAAAAGUAAUAAAGGCAGGUGAGGGGAGAGAAACUGCAAGGAGAUUGGGGCAGGAGCAUGCUAUGCCAGCUUACUACAAUACCCACACCAAAACACACAAGCGAGACAACAAUGAUUUUCACAACAACCCCUAGCUAGUCUAGAAUAGUAUUUUAGCUAAACAUGGACUAUUAUUAUUUAUAGCUAAAGGGAUCUGGAAUCCCAACCAUGUACAACCACGCAAUCAUUAUUUUUUUUUAAGAAUCCCAAAUGGUUAGUUAGAGAACCUUAGUAUCAGUGUUUACCAACUGAGUAAAGGAAUAUUGUACAAGCAAUGAUGGGUGAAUACAAUAUUCUUUAGUGAUAUAUUAACUUAUUGACAGCCUUUUGUUGUUCUUUCUUCAGCGGCUUGUCUGCAUAAGCCUGCGUCCAGGGUUUAGAGAUAAGAAACCCAGUCUAGCGAUUUAUGAAUUUGACCCAUCAUGGCGGCUCUGCCAUAAACAGGUCCACUACAUUGAAGGUCUGAAUUAUGGACACGACUUUAUUCUUUUACCUGACUACUACAUAUUUCAUAUGACACCAUUUGUUAAAGGAUCGUGGUGGAUAACAACAAAAAUCAUAAUGGGAUGGAGCUCACCCGGAGAAGAGAUGAGAUAUUACCCUGAUCUGCCAUCACGUUUUGUCAUCAUACCACGACAUGCAAGUGAAGGAAAUACUGGCAUUAUAUUUGUGAAUACUGAUCCAUGUCACGUAAGUUUUUGGCUUAACUGCAGGAUACACUGCGACUUCAAAGUAACCCCUAAAAAUUGGUGGAUAUGUUACAGAGUCAAAUUUGAUUUCAGGUUAAUUUUGAUUUAAUUAAAACUAGGCUGAUUCUUUCUUUUUGCACGUCUCCUAGCCCAAGAACAAACAGAAAGUGACUAAGUUGGGAUUGCGAAAAUUACUUGUUUCCCAAAGUGACUAAGAUGGUCACAGAAUAGACUGUAAUAAGGUAGGGGUUCUGAGAGGCCAGCGGCACAUACCGAGCAAAAAUUAACCCAAGUAGCUCCCCCCCCACCCCUGGGGACAUAAAAUAACCAAAUCUGGCCAUACAGUGCUAAAUUGGGUGAAAAAAUCGGCAACAGACGAACAGACGUAUUUCAGCAGACUCGUACCCAGUCGCUAUUUAUGUGUUUUGGGGUUAGGUUGAGGCGCGCGCGGGGUGGGUACGAGUCUGGUAUUUCAGUCUUUUUGAUUAACCCGUUCUUCCCUAAAUCGCCCGUGCAUUCUACAGUUUGUGACGUCAUCAGUUUUAGCGAUCAAGGACAACAUUAAUUGUCAUCCUACUUGUGCAAGGGGAAGAGUUCUUUCAAACCGUACCAGAAUGAGCAUGAUUCAGUCCAGGAGGUGGCCGAAAAAGGCAAAAAACAAACAAACAAACAAACAACAUUUAACGUUGGCCGAAAACUCCUCAUGCAUGAAAAUCUUGUUCCUCCUCCCACCUAUACUUUCGUCUAGAUCUAAUCCUAAGAUCCUAAAACGGCAUUUUCUACCAAAACGAAUCCUAGUAAAUGCUCUGCAAAAAUAAAAAAACAAAAGGAAGGCAGGAGGAGCGAAAGAAGAGGGAGGAGAGAAAGUGAAAUCUCGAAAUUUUGCUUUCUGCGCAUUCCCGAACUUCGGAUUUUUAAGAGGCUGACCUUUCCUUUACUUUCAGAUUUUCCACUUUGGCACAGCUCAGCAGAUUGGUGACCAGAUAGACUUUACUGCAGUUUGCUUGGGCACAAAGUUUGACAUGACUUUCGAUAGUAAGAUCUGGCUUUCCAAUACCUCAGUCUCGCCAGGACUCGUUUACAACUAUACCAUUGACCUGACCAAUGAACAGUGUACUCGAACUCAAGUUGAUCGUGCCAGCGUGGAAUUCCCCACUACCCACCCGUACAGAAAUGGAAUGACAGGCACGCGGUUUAAUUACCUAAUGGCGUGUGACAGACCUGGAUUUAAUCUUCCUUACAGGGAUGUCGUGAAGGUAAGUCAGCCACUUUAGAAAAGAGAAGGCCAGGGAACUGGGCCAAGUUAAGGUUCGCAAAGACUUCUGGGAUCGUUACUGUGGACAAGCCAGUCAUAAGAUCGUUUUCACUGUCACGCAACAAAAAAAUUAAUUGGAAACCGUCCAGUGGAAGAAGCCGAGAAAAUGAAAUGUUAGAAAAGACUAAUAUAUAAAUAAUUUUUCCAAGUCUCUGGUCUUUGUUGCCGACAGUUUCUGAGUUAUUUGCCGAACCGUUUCACGCACCUUUGUAGAGCUUUGUAUGGAGACGCCAUAAUGGUGAACCGUUUUGGUGCAGCAAUAUGGCCGUUGGAAAUCAACAAAAACAUCUGGAGUUCACUUUUUCCUUAAAAGCUCUUUCUUUUCACUCGAGAACUAGCAUACGUGCGCAUAAACAUAUCCUCCAAUAGGAGACUUUUUUCAACGAGGCAGCAUUCCUAUUUUGUGUCACGUCCUGUGAAAACUCGGAAGUUCAAAUUGCUGUAUUUUCGAUAUGAAACAUGCUACGGGAAUGGAAACUUGUACAAAGAUUCAUAUUUCGUUUAUCUUCAACCUAGUGUAAAUAAGAAUUCGUAAACCUCGCUAUUUUGACUUUACAAUUUGAUGACGUCACUGUGAAAACCAUCUAUUUGCCAAUUUUUUUGCUCUGUCCCCAGUAACAGUCCCAGAAGUCUUUGCGAAAGUUAACUCGGCCCAGUUUCCUUCUCGUUUCGAUGGUUACUGGGGACGCGCCAGUCUGCUAUUGGCCAAUUUUUUUACUCGGUCCCCAGUAACAGUCCCAGAAGUCUUUGCGAAAGUUAACUCGGCCCAGUUUCCUUCUCGUUUCGAUGGUUACUGGGGACGCGCCAGUCUGCUAUUCGUCAAUUUUUUUACUCUGUCCCCAGUGACAGUCCCGGAAGUCUUUGCGAAAGUUAACUCGGCCCAGUUUCCUUCUCGUUUCGGUCGUUACUGCGGACGCGCCAGUCUGCUAGGUUAGCGUUAGAUAACAUCGAGUGAAGCCAGAUUGGACACCUUAUGAAUUUUACACAACGCAUUAUUUCCAUAAUGGAACGAGACUGGAAUGUAGAAUGAAGCUAGAAUAGCUGAAGAAACUAAGACUAUUGAGCUCCAGUUAUGGAGAGAACACAGUAUAGAGUUAAGCACUGAUCUGCAGUGAUUAGGGUUAAGCACUGAACUGAAAACGGUUAGCUUUCAAAUAUUCUAAUGGGGUACGGCAUAUAUAAGAACAUGUAUAGUUUAAAAAUUACUGGAUUUGGCAGCUAGUUGUCGAUGGUGUAGUGGAUAUGGAUGUAGGCUAUAAAGCAAGUGACCCGGGUUCAAAGCAUCACAGUGGAGUUUUUCUAUGUCACUUUGAUAUUACACAGUAAAGUUGGACUUAAGUUGUUCUUCAUGUAAUUUUACUGAAAGAAACAAUCUGACUUCAGCCGAUGUUACCUAACGCUAACCAGUCUGCUAUUGGCCAAUUUUUUCGCUCUGUCCCCAGUAACAGUCCCAGACGUCUUUGCAAAAGUUAACUCGGCCCAGUUUCCUUCUCGUUCCUAAAGGUGCGAUUAUUUUCUUUUUCAAUGUCAGAAAUCCAGGGUUUUAGUAGCGAAAUUGCUCGGCCUCGAAGUAUUGUGUCCGUUAAUGAGAGGUUUCCCCGAAAUUCUCCAGACUGAUCUGAAUGCAAUUAGUUGAGAGAAUUUGAUAGAUCAAAGUAUUUUCCCUUUGGUGAUCAUUUUGUUAAAUGUAAGUAAGUCAAUGUGAUCUCUUCCUUUUUUUCAUGAUUUUUAUGAACAAAUCCAAGGCUGUGAUCUUAGAAAACUUGAAGGCAGCUCAGUGCUCUGGAUGUUGGAAAACAAGGGUUCCCAGCAUUUGCUGUCUUUGUAAAAACUAAGAUUUUCUAGUUGUCUGGUAGAGCAAAAAUAGGCGCUAGGAGCCCCUUGGUGCUGCUGUUAGAGAACAGCUUUGAAAUCGAUCGAGUAAGGGGAAACGAAAGAGUUAUAGACUUAAUAUUUGGGCAUGGCAGCUGGCUUCGUCUGCGAUAAUUUUUUUUUCUUGUAGAAUGUCUUUCAUGUAUCGGUUCACGUUUGUAGAGUAACCACACUGCCUACCUCGAAGCUUAAGCUAAAUGUAGGCAGUGUGUAUGUUUAAUGUAUUUCAUUGCUUUUUAAUAAAGCUGUUGUUGUUGUUGUUGUCUGUUGGCGAAGCUUUAGUAGUAACUUCGCUCUUUUCUUUCAUUUUUGUAGUUGAACGCUAAAAGUGGACAGCGGGACGUAUGGUAUUCGCACGGUUGUCUUGGCGAACCUGUCUUCGUCCCUCGGCUUGGUUACGAUUCAUGGCGAGAAGGAGACGAAGAUGACGGGUACGUUAUCGUGCAAGUCUAUGUCCCCGAAAAGCAUGUGACAGAGUUCUGUGUCCUGGACGCUAAGAAUGUUGGGAAGGGGCCCUUGGCGAGGAUCCAGUUGAAGCACCAUGUACCUUAUGGUUUCCAUGGCACCUUUACUCCUGAGGUGUUCACUAAUGGGCCAAGGUUGGCGUCAAAGUUGUAA